AUGGAAGCUCGAAUUUUGCAGUCCUCUUCUUGCUGCUUCUCAUCCAUCGACACUGCCUUCUCCUCCGGUUCCAUCAAUCGAUACAGUUUCUCCUCCAUCGCAUCAUCUCCGAAGCCUCUCUCCAUCAGCUUCCCUCAGGCGGCGAGAACAAGGACAAGGGCACCUCGUUUUAUAUCCAUGUCGAAGAAAGGUGACGACACCGAGAGUCUCACUUACAAAGACUCCGGUGUUGACAUCGAUGCUGGCACUGAGCUCGUUAGACGAAUCGCCAAGAUGGCUCCUGGAAUCGGCGGAUUCGGUGGUCUCUUUCCACUAGGUGAUUCUUACCUCGUAGCUGGUACGGAUGGUGUAGGGACUAAGCUUAAGUUGGCGUUUGAGACUGGAGUUCAUGACACCAUUGGAAUCGACUUGGUUGCUAUGAGUGUGAAUGAUAUUGUUACUUCAGGUGCAAAGCCUCUGUUUUUCCUAGAUUACUUUGCUACAAGUCGUCUCGAUGUAGACCUUGCAGAAAAGGUCAUUAAAGGGAUUGUUGAUGGUUGUCGGCAAUCAGAAUGUGCUCUCUUAGGAGGAGAGACUGCAGAGAUGCCAGACUUUUACGCAGAGGGGGAGUACGAUCUCAGUGGGUUUGCAGUAGGCGAAGUGAAGAAAGAUUCGGUUAUAAACGGUAAAAACAUAGUUGCUGGAGAUGUUCUUAUUGGCCUCCCUUCGAGCGGCGUUCACUCCAAUGGUUUCUCUUUAGUAAGAAAGGUCGUGGCUCGAAGUGGUCUUUCGCUGAAAGAUGAGCUCCCAGGUGGAUCAACUACACUCGGUGAAGCUUUGAUGGCACCCACUGUCAUUUAUGUGAAGCAGGUACUUGACAUAAUCAGUAAAGGAGGAGUGAAAGGGAUAGCUCAUAUAACAGGUGGAGGUUUCACAGACAACAUCCCACGAGUCUUCCCGGAUGGUUUGGGUGCUGUUGUUCACACCGAUGCUUGGGAACUUCCACCGUUGUUCAAAUGGAUCCAAAAGGCUGGGAAUAUAGAAGACGGUGAGAUGCGAAGGACGUUUAACCUGGGAAUAGGGAUGGUUUUGGUGGUUAGUCCAGAGGCAGCGAUGAAAAUACUUGGACAAGUUGAGAAUGGAGACUAUGUUGCUUACCGCAUUGGAGAGGUUAUUAAUGGCGUAGGCGUAAGCUAUCAUUAG